UUGUUUGUGUGUCAGAGUGUGACCCCACACACCUGACAGUCAACUCUGAUCAUAUUUGGAUUGUUUCUGCGAAGCAGUGCGCGCGCAGAUUUCGGAACCAACGUACCGGAAGUAGAAAGCUAACCGGCUUGGCGAGGCUCUCACAUCAACUGAUCAUCAUGCGGUCUAAGAGAAAAAAACCGAAUUUGUUAGCAGAAGAAACCAUACUUAAGAAUAAAGAUUUAGAAGGAUUCAAGAUGGAUAUCAUACCUCCAAAAGGUCGAGGAGUAAGAACAACAAUUGAGAGGUGUAAAGGAGACUUUUUGCUUGCCUAUCAUGGGGAGUUAAUCAGUGGAGAAGAAGGAAUGAAACGAGAAAAAAAAUCUGACUCUGUGUUCAGAUACUUCUUUUUCUUUAAAGGAACACAAUGGUGCAUUGAUUCCACUUUAGAAGUUGAUAGUGGCCAGUGGAUGGGGAGACUUGUCAAUCACGGAACACAUAGGGAACAAAACUGCAAGAUGAGAUGCAUUGAAGUUAAUCAGGUUCCAAAACUAUGUCUUUUUGCAAUUAGAGAUAUCCCGGCUGGCGAAGAACUCUUAUACGACUAUGGAGUAGCAGAUCUGCCAUGGGAGGUUUGUUUAGCAUUUUGAAUUAUGUAAUUUUAUUUAACAUAUUACAGAGUAAAUGUACCAGUGUAACUGUAAGUAUAAACAGAGCCACUGAAUUUUAAAACUUCAUAUUGCUGAAAAGUUAAACAUAUUCUUAUUUCAAGAAAUAUAGAUAAUAAUGCCAAAAAACUUGUGCUUAGAUGUUCUUCAUUAUGUUCCCCGUAGCUAAUCUGCUUCAAUUUGCCCUUAUUCGUCUGUGUGUAUUUGUGCAUGUUUGUCAUACUAUCACUAUCAAUCUGGUGUCAUGCAAAAGUUGUAAAGUAUUUGUGCUAGAGCUAAGAAACUUUGUGGGAUUGUUCCUCAGGUGUUGUAGUUAUGCACCUUGCAUUUCGUUUACUCGCGCAUAAAAUUUUGUAGAGUCAUUGACAAAUGCAUAAAUUGGGGUCAUAUGUGUCCUAUGGAUGCAAUUCUAGUUGGUUACUGGGAGUGAAUGUUCCUGACCACAGUGGACCAAUUUUUGCUUUAAGUUAACUGUACUGUUGUCAUUUUUAUCAGAUAUGUUUGAGGUCCAAUGGUCUUUCAUGAUGACUGAAAUAGGUUAAAUCAUGUAUGCUAAUAUAAAAUGCUAUUUUUGUUCUUUUUUUUAUCACAUUUUAGAACAAAAAAUCAAAAGGUAAAGUAGUUCACUUUGUUCAAAGGGAUGUAAUGAUACUGUUAUUUUGUUACCAGUUUUUGUUUUUGUUUUGUUAUUUUCACAUUUAGCUUGUCUGUUGUUGUUAUUUGAAAAGAAUAAUUCUCAGUUACUGUGACAUCUGCUGGAUUGUUGUCAUUGUGAUAACAUCUAGAUGUUGGCACACAAGGUGGUGCAUUUGUAAUUUAAUUGUUCAAGUGUGGAAUUUUAUACAAUUUUUGUCAAGCUCGCUUGCGGAAGCUGAUAUAGUUGUCACAACGGCAGUUCCGUGUUUGUUAGUCAGUCAGUAAGUUAGCGUGUCAUUCGAAUUUUGUGUCCGGGCUGUAUCUCCCUCACUUAUCAUCAGAUUUUAAAAUAACUUGGCAUAACUCAUCAACGCAAGAAGGCGAUGUGUCAAUUGAAUGAACCAUGACUGAUGGUCAAAGGUCACACUUCAAGGUCAAAUGCUGAAAUUCAAUGUUUUUAUCCUUGUAUGGGCUGUAUCUUCCCCAUUAAUGAUCAUGUUUUAAAAUAACUUGGCAUAAGUCGGUGGUGUGUCACAUACAAGAACAAUGAAUGUUGGUCACAAGUCAAGAUCACACUUCAAGGUCAAAUUCUGAAAUGCCUCAUUAGGCCAAAAAAAGGUGUGUUUCCAAUUACAUAUCAAAAAAAAAUGUAGGGUCGGGGGUUGGAAACAUUUUUUUUUUGCUUUUAUAUUUUAUUCAUGCGCUAUAAUUCAGUACAAAUUUGCCUUGCAUCACCAGGAACAAAGUGUAUUCACAAUAAAUAUGUUUGUGUGUACUGGCAUGUAACAUCCGAGUGUUCAGUAUGGGAUUAAAAAUAAAUUAAAGCAAAAAAAUGACAUUUUGACAACUGAUUUUACCAUGCAUAUUUAAAAGUAUUUAUUACACGAGUAUGUCUUCGGAAAGCAUGAAGGACGCCAUCUUGGAAGAUUUCGGUAAUUUGAUUAUUGAGCCCAAACUUAUUAGAGAUCGAAAAACGAAGUGUACGAGAGUUAAGGACUGGAAAUGACUAAAAAAUUUAGGGUCGGGAGAAAAUUUUAGGGUCGGUCGGGUAAUCGGAAACACACCUACCUUUUCUUUUGCCUUAUGUUUGUAAAGCUGUAUCUACCUCAGUUAUCAACAGAUUUAAAAUGACUUGGCAGGAGAGAUCACCACCAGAAGAUGAUGUGUCAUAUGCAAGAGUCAUGCGUAUUGGUCAAAGGUCAAAAGGUCACACUUGAAGGUCAAAUGCCCAAAUUGCAUAUUAUUAUGCUUUUAAUUCCGCACUGCUUCUCCGUCAUUUAUCAAUGCACUUCAGAAUAACUUGGCCUAAGUGAUCAACACCAGUAAGUGAACAUCAUACUUAAAGGUCAAAUAUUAAUAUCCUAAUGUAUACAGCUAGAAUAAGCGGCGGACUCGACAUGUUGGUGUUCUGCCGACAAACAUCUAGUUUCAGUAUUUUGAUUAGUGAAAGAAGUAUGAAUUGUGUAUUUAAAGGGACAUAGACACGUUCUGAGCUAAAAUUGUUCACAUUUUAGAUUUCCAUUUUUAAUGUUUACAAUGCUCACUUGGGUAUUUUUAAUGGUCAGCAAAAAUUUGAACAUCAUUUGUUGAGUUACAAGUGAGAUACAACACUUACAAUUCUUCACUAUGUAGUAUGUGCACAAGGCUCAAGCCAUGUUUUUGUUUACCUACAUACCUACAUUGAAUAUGUUAGUGUAACUUUCGUUUAAAGCAGAUUUUUUCAUAUUAUAAGUUUAUUCUGAACACAAUUCAACGUUCCUAGUGAUUCUCACAUCUCAUUUUGUUUUAAACAUGGUAAUUUCUGUGAAGCAAUCAUUAUGUAAACAAAAACAAGGUUCGAUCCUUGUUUACAUAGUGAAGAAUUGUAAGUGCUGUAUCUCACUUGUAACUCAACAAAUGACGUUCAAUUUUUUUUUUUCCUGACCAUUAGAAAUACCCUUAGUGAGCAAUGCAAAGAUAAAAAUGCAUGGAAAUCUAAAAUUUGAUUAUUUUUAGCUCAGAACGUUCCAAUGUCCCAUUUAGUUUCCGACUGCCAUUUACAUAUAUAGGUCAGGACCAAAAUGCACAUUAGACUAGUUUUUAAUAAUUAUGUAACUUCUAUUUGAGGACUUGAUUACAGUUGAGAGACAGUAUGCAAUGUAAGGUGAAUAUAUAGCAUUUUAUGAACAAACAUUGUGUGGUACAGGGAGCACACACACACAGUAAUUUUUCCCAUGAUGCAUCAGAGGAACUUUCCCAUGAUACAUCAGAGGAACAGCCAUUGUUGUUUUGUGACUUGAAACAAUGAACAAAACAAAAAAUGGAAUAUGAACUUUUAAAUUUGAUUCUUUUAAUAAUUUUAAUUAUUUUAGUAAUUAUUUUGAUAGUUGAACUGUCUCUUAUGUAUAAAACCAUCAGAAUUUUUUUACAUAUUUGGGAUAAACUUUAUGGUUAUGAAUGGUUACAUGGUUCGCCAGAGUGAUUUAUUAGUAUUAGAUGACGUUGGGAUUGAUGUGAGAAAUGAGCCAUCCAGUAUUGCUGAUAAAGCCUCCUCUACAAGCUCUCCUGAUUUUGAAAGCAGCACCGAAGGAAAUAGCUUAAGAGAUGACGUUGGGAUUGAUGUGAGAAAUGAGCCUUCCAGUAUUGCUGAUAAAGCCUCCUCUACAAGCUCUCCUGAUUUUGAAAGUAGCACCAAAGGAAAUAUCUUAAGAGAUGACAUUGGGAUUGAUGUGAGAAAUGAGCCAUCCAGUAUUGCUGAUAAAGCCUCCUCUACAAGCUCUCCUGAUUUUAAAAGCAGCAUCAAAGGAAAUAGCUUAAGAGAUGACAUGGGGAUUGAUGUGAGAAAUGAGCCAUCCAGUAUUGCUGAUAAAGCCUCCUCUACAAGCUCUCCUGAUUUUGAAAGCAGCAUCAAAGGAAAUAGCUUAAGAGAUGAAGAUGGGAUUGAUGUGAGAAAUGAGCCAUCCAGUAUUGCUGAUAAAGCCUCCUUUUCAAGCUCUCCUGAUUUUGAAAGCAGCACCAAAGGAAACAGCUUAAGAGAUGACGAUGGGAUUGAUGUGAGAAAUGAGCCAUCCAGUAUUGCUGAUAAAGCCUCCUCUACAAGCUCUCCUGAUUUUGAAAGCAGCAUCAAAGGAAAUAUCUUAAGAGAUGACGUUGGGAUUGAUGUGAGAAAUGAGCCAUCCAGUAUUGCUGAUAAAGCCUCCUCUACAAGCUCUCCUGAUUUUGAAAGCAGCAUCAAAGGAAAUAUCUUAAGAGAUGACGUUGGGAUUGAUGUGAGAAAUGAGCCAUCCAGUAUUGCUGAUAAAGCCUCCUCUACAAGCUCUCCUGAUUUUGAAAGCAGCAUUAAAGGAAAUAGCUUAAGAGAUGACGAUGGGAUUGAUGUGAGAAAUGAGCCAUCCAGUAUUGCUGAUAAAGCCUCCUCUACAAGCUCUCCUGAUUUUGAAAGCAGCAUCAAAGGAAAUAUCUUAAGAGAUGACGUUGGGAUUGAUGUGAGAAAUGAGCCAUCCAGUAUUGCUGAUAAAGCCUCCUCUUCAAGCUCUCCUGGUUUUGAAAGCAGCACCAAUGAAAAUAGCUUAAGAGAACCAGAGGUCACAGAUGUCAGUGAGAUAGAGAGCUUCGAUGACACCGAUAAUGAACUAGAUUUCAGUUUUGAAUCCAGGACCAAAGGAAAAAGCUUUAUAGAACCAGAGGUCACAGAUGUCAGUGAGACAGAGAGCUUUGAUGACAACGAUGAUGACCCAGACUUCAGUUUAGAAUCUGACUGUGUGUCCAACUCAUCCGAUAUAUCUGACGUAAUACCUCUGAAUGAAAAUUCAGCAUUCUCUUUGAAAAAACAAACAAGUACAGGUGUAAAACGACGAUAUAAUAAACAAACAACUGUGUACACAUCAAAUCAAGAGGUAACUACAACCACAGAUGGUACUUCAACUAAAAAGGCAAAGAUUACAUCAAAUCAAGAGGUUACUUCAACCACAGAUGGUGCUUUAAAUAAAAAGGCAAAGAUUACCAUCCAGAAAAGUAAUAAUGAAAAGGGCAGAAAGUGGGAUAAAAAGGAGUACUGUCUUUUCUGUGAGAAAAGUUCGACAAACAUCAGAAAGCACUACCUAAAAUCACACAAAACAGAAACAGAAGUACAAAAAAUAAUGCGUUUGCCCCUGAGAUCAAAGAAUCGAACUGCAGAAAUAACACGCUUACGAAAUGCUGGAAACUAUAAACACAAUGUUAGUGUAUUAAAAAAGGAAAGUGGUGAACUUGUUGUUGUUGCAAGACAAUCAAAUGACUCAAAGCCAGAGGAUUAUCUUCCUUGUGAUGAAUGCUUGGGUUUUUUCUUAAAGGAAGGUCUUUGGAGGCACAAGCAGGUGUGCAAAUUACGCACAGGGAAGCAGAAGUCCAGGAGAGUCCAAGCAGAUGCAGCCCUACUCUUGCCUGCUUCUAACUCCAUACAUGCAGGACUGAAGGAGAAGGUUUUUGGCAAAAUGGUAAGGGAUGAGGUAACCAUCGCUGCACGUAAUGAUGCUAUUAUACUGAAAGUUGGUGAAAAACUGUAUCAAAAACAUGGACAUUUGACACAUCUCUAUUCCCACAUCAGUCAAAAAAUGAGGGAACUUGGGCGGUUUUUGAUAUGCGCAAAAACCCAAGAUUUAAGCAUCAAUUGUUUAAAUGACAUUAUUGACCCUGAGAAGUUUCCAUUGGCAGUUAAGUCCACCAAGGUUUUGUGCGAGUUCAAUGAAGUGACAAAUACUUACAAAAAUCCUUCUUUAGCUCUCAAGUUAGGACACCUGCUGAAAAAAUGUGCAAAAGUGGCAAAAUCAGAAGCCCUGAUCAAUGGCGAUGUUGAGGGAGGAAGCAGAGCAGACAAUUUCUUGACACUCUGCGAGAACGAAUGGACUGAUGAAAUUUCAAGUUCUGCUUUGCAAACAUUGACAAGAAACAAGAUGAACAAAGGCUACUUGUUGCCAUUAUCGGAAGACAUCAUACGACUCAACAAAUUCCUAGACCAAAAAACAGAGUCCCUACUGGAAACGCUUCAUAACCGUUUUGACAGGGCUGAAUGGGAAUUGCUCAAUCAGAUGACUUUGGCCCAGCUUGUACUGUUUAAUCGUAGGCGCGGUGGAGAAACUCAGAGAUUGCUGGUAGGUGCUUACUGUUUAAGAACACAGAACAAAGAUUGUCCGCAAGAAGUUAUGGAAGCUCUAAGUGCAACUGAAAGAAUCCUUCUGGACACAUUGUCAAGAGUGGAAAUCAGGGGUAAAAGGGGGCGCACUGUUCCAGUUCUACUGACACAAAAGGCUAAGAGGUGCAUUGAACUUCUUUUGAGAUGGAGAGAUACAGCAGGUGUUGCCAAAGAAAAUAAAUAUGUAUUUCCUAGGCCUAACUAUGGUUCUUUAGAAGCACUGAGGAGUGCUGAUGUCUUGAGGACUUUUUCAAAGGCAGCAGGUUUGACCAAUCCAGAAAUGAUUACAAGCACGAGACUUCGAAAACAUGUAGCCACAGUUGCACAGGUUUUAAGUUUGAACAAGAAUGAUCUGGAAAUUAUGGCAACCUUUAUGGGCCAUGACAUAACCGUUCACCGAUCUUUUUAUCGGCUUCCUCAGGAAACUCUACAGGUCGCUAAAAUGGGACGCCUACUGACAGCUUUGAAUAAUGGAUCAAUUGGACAAUACAGCGGAAAGUCUCUAGAGGAAAUUCCUUUGGACGAGACUGCCGAGUUAAGCAGUGAGGAAGAAAUGGACGAGAAUGAUAAUCAAGAGGACCAAGAGGAUGAAGUACAAGGCAUUCAGAAUCCUGAAUCAUCUGACAUGGACAAUCUGACAGUGGCUAAACCCAGUGCAACUGUGACCUCAUCACGCCAACCCAGUACAACUGUGACCUCAUCACGCCAACCCAAUUGGUUUCGCGUUGUACACACUCUGGAAUGUCUCGGUUUAAUAGCGAUCAUUUCGGCCACCGUCUGCAGUUUCAUCUCAAUAUUUCUGGUAAAGGCUGAACGUCUAUUCAAUCUUGCGACUGCCUUAUUGAUGAAUGCUGCAGCUGUGUUCAUCUUGAUCCUAUUUGGUGCCCAUGUGAAUUCGAUUCCUCUACUAUAGCGGACAAGCGUUACGUUCCGUUUGGUUUCAGUAUUGUCUGUGGGGUUCUUUGUUCGGUCGCAGGAAUGUGUAUGCUUGCCUACAGAUUAAAAAACAUGAAAACUAUUAUUAUUAACCAUGCAUGUUUUACACGAGGAUUCGCAGUUAGAUGUUACGAGGUUCCAUAUUAUCGACACAAAACAGAUUUACAAGCAAACGUACAUGUAGGCCAUAUUAUACAGCAUGAAGUGAAAAAUCCAUUAUAAAAUAAUAACAUGCACUGUGUAUAUGCCAUUGAUUCAAACAAAAGGUCAAAUGAAGAUGCUUGUAGUUGUUAAUUAUAAUAUCUCCCGUUUUCAUUGAUGGCGAAUAAUUAUCAUGAACAUCACCAGGGGAGAUUUACUGAAUUGGAAUUGUUGGAACUUCUCUCGUUAGUCCUUCUUGCAAACUGGGUAAAUUAUUUUAACAAUGUGAGUGUA